AAAAAAAAGUUUUGUAUUCUUUUCCAAAAUAAUUUAUUCAAAAAACGAUUAGAGAAGAACCAGUCGUUGCUCUGGACAUUUCCAGGAAGCUUCCCUUUUACAAUCUCUCUUCUCUCUCCCUUUCUUACAAGAAGAUGUAGAAGAAACAAAAAGUCUUUACUCUGAUAAGAACCUCCAGUCUCUUUUGAUCAUUCACUGCGAUAUUUAUUUUUUAUUUUAGUUUUUCUCGCUUCCUUGGGGUUGCUAUUGGCCUACUUUGUGGUGCAUGAAGAAGUUUUCUUGGAUAUAUUGUUUUUAUUAAUUACAGGUUGAUCUCUGGAUAGACUUUGUAACUUGAACAAGUUAACUCAAGUUACAGUCAUGAAUUAUUCACAGGAGAAGUUUGUGAGGUUUCAGGAUUGGAGGUCGGAGAAAAGUAUGGAAACACAGUAUUCCGUGAGUGAUGGGAUACAUUCAAGAAAAAUUAGGAUGAGUAUAACCUCUGUCUCGGAGAAGUUUCAAAGAGGAUUAGAAUCUGGCUCUGAAAGAAUCAAAAGGAUUAGAAAAUCAUUAAAAUCGUAUUCGUUCGGAAGUGCUGUUACUAAAGGCUUGAAUUCUGGGAAUAAGAUUCUUGACCCCCAGGGACCUUUCCUUCAAAGAUGGAAUAAGAUAUUUGUAUUGUCAUGUCUAAUUGCUGUUUCGCUGGAUCCUUUGUUCUUUUAUGUACCUGUGAUUAAUGAUAUUGAGAAGUGCCUUGGUUUGGACAGCAGGAUGGAGAUUGUAGCCAGCGUUCUGCGUUGGUUCACAGAUAUUUUCUAUAUAAUUCAUAUUAUUUUUCAGUUUCGUACUGGUUUUAUUGCUCCAUCUUCUCGAGUAUUUGGAAGAGGUGUUUUAGUUGAAGAUACUUGGGAAAUAGCUAAGAGGUAUCUGUCAUCAUAUUUCUUAAUUGACAUUCUUGCAGUCCUUCCACUUCCGCAGGUCGUGAUUUUAAUUAUCAUUCCAAAAAUGAAGGGCUCGAGAUCUUUGAAUACAAAGAACUUGUUAAAAUUUGUUGUUCUCUUCCAGUAUAUACCAAGGUUUAUGCGUAUCUAUCCAUUGUAUAAAGAAGUUACAAGAACUUCUGGCAUACUUACAGAAACUGCAUGGGCUGGAGCUGCAUUUAAUCUGUUUCUUUACAUGCUUGCCAGUCAUGUACUUGGAGCCUUUUGGUACUUGGUUUCCAUAGAAAGAGAAACAGUAUGCUGGAAAAAAGCCUGUGAUGAUCAUAUUGGUUGUGUACGUGAUUCUUUGUAUUGUGGUAAUCAAGCAGGAGUAAACAAGACUUUUCUGGAUGGGGCUUGCCCUGUACAAAUACCAAAUACAGAGAUAUUUAACUUUGGAAUAUUCCUUGAUGCCCUUCAAUCUGGUGUUGUGGCAACUCAUGAUUUUCCAAAGAAGUUCUUUUACUGUUUCUGGUGGGGCCUGCGAAAUCUAAGCUCUCUUGGUCAAAACCUUGAAACGAGUACUUUUGUUUGGGAAAUCUGCUUUGCAGUUUCCAUUUCUAUAUUUGGCUUGGUACUAUUUUCGUUUCUCAUUGGAAAUAUGCAGACAUAUCUGCAAUCCACAACCACAAGAUUGGAGGAAAUGAGAGUUAAGAGGCGUGAUGCAGAACAGUGGAUGUCUCAUCGCUUACUUCCUGAGAAUCUCAGAGAACGUAUCAGGCGACAUGAACAAUACAAAUGGCAAGAAACCAGGGGUGUUGAUGAGGAGAAUUUGGUUUGCAAUCUUCCCAGAGACCUCAGAAGGGACAUAAAACGUCAUCUCUGCUUGGCCUUGCUUAUGAGGGUGCCUAUGUUUGAGAAAAUGGAUGAGCAACUACUGGAUGCAAUGUGUGACCGUCUCAAGCCAGCUCUCUACACAGAGGAAAGCUACAUUGUUCGAGAGGGAGACCCUGUUGAUGAGAUGCUUUUCAUCAUGCGAGGCAAGCUAUUAACGAUGACCACUAAUGGUGGAAGAACUGGCUUCUUCAACUCUGAGUACCUUAAGGCUGGUGAUUUCUGUGGAGAGGAAUUGCUGACGUGGGCCCUAGAUCCCAACUCCUCUUCUAACCUUCCUAUCUCAACAAGAACUGUUCAAACCCUUACUGAAGUCGAAGCAUUUGCCUUAAUGGCUGAUGACUUGAAAUUUGUCGCGUCCCAAUUCCGGAGACUUCACAGCAAGCAACUCCGCCACACUUUCAGGUUUUACUCACAGCAAUGGAGGACUUGGGCAGCAUGUUUUAUACAAGCUGCCUGGCGACGAUAUAGUAAAAAGAAACUUGAAGAGUCCCUCCGUCAAGAGGAGAACAGGUUGCAAGAUGCAUUAGCCAAGACGAGUGGAAACUCACCUAGUUUAGGUGCCACCAUAUACGCCUCAAGAUUUGCUGCAAAUGCGCUUCGUGCUCUUCGGCGUACGGGUACUCGCAAGGCAAGGUUACUGGAGAGGGUGCCACCAAUGCUGCUUCAGAAACCUGCAGAACCAGAUUUUACAGCUGAAGAACGGUAGGUGUAGACUAUGUUUUAUGAUUUUUGUAUUUGAUUGUUGUGUACAAAGUAAAAUUAGAACUACUUCAGCCAACAAAGAAAUGAAAAUAGGGGAAGGGGGGAAGGGUUGGAAUUGACGAAUGACCGAUGGUGGCUGGAUGAGGAUUGUGUAAUUUAUAUAUGUUGUAUAUGGUGAUGUAUAAUUGUAUUCAUUUUCAGCUUCCAGUGAUCUUUCAAUUUCACAUGUUUUUCA